AUGUUUAAGUUCGUGGUAUUGUCCGCUCUCCUCAUCGCCGUGGCCGCUGAGUCGGGCUUUUUCUCCGCCCCGCUGGCGCCUGUCACUUAUGCGGCGACCUUAGCGGCUCCAGCCAUCACCACCUACGUGCAACAGACAGGCAGCUACAUCCCAGCGUCCACCGUCUACUCGGAGCUUACCCUCUACACCCCGACAUACGUCGCUUCCACCCCAAUCACCACCUACACAUCCGCCGUGCUGCCCACGUAUGCUGCACCAGCGUAUUUCAUCAAGAAACGUUCAGCUUCCAUCCUCGCGACGUCCAGUUCUUACAUCUCCCGCGCUCCUUUGGCAUCUACUUACAUAGCGUCUGCCCCAUUGACCACCACUUACUCCGCCCUUCUACCCAGCGCUUCCUACUAUCCACCAUACUACGCUGGGUGCAUUGCCUUUGAUCAAGAAAUGAGUAGAUCAAUAUCUGUU